AGCGCCCACUGCAAAUCCUGAGCUAUAUAAGAGGUGAGGGGUGGCUUCCAUGGCACAGUCACUCCACGAUGAAGGUUCAGGUAGCGCUGCUGAUAGCUUUCCUUGGUGUUCAGACCUUGGCCGUCCCCGGCGGAAAGGGCGGCGGCGGCGGCGGAAAGGGCAAAGGCCAUGGUGGCGGCUACGAAGAUUACAGUUACAUUGCCCAUAAGCAAGUCAUCGAGUACAAGCCCGUGACCAUCCAACAGCCUGUGGUUGUCCACAAGCCCAUCAGGAUCAUUCAAGCUCCACCUCCAGAGCUCGUCCACAAACCAGUAGUCCACCACGUGCCCGAAUGGAGACUAGUAACAGUCCCCAAAGUGUCGUACCAGCCAGUGUACGUGCAGCGCGUGCCUCACUACGGAGGUGGAGGAGGCAAGGGUAAAGGCGGCAAGAAGGGCGGCUGGUAAGCAGCGCUACCCACGAAAAUGUCUGCCAUUAACGAAGGGAACGAGACAACGUUGUGCAUUAUGAUCCACUGUGCACCCCCCACCCCCCUCUCUCUCUCUCUCUCUGUGAACAAAUGAAACCAACUCAGCCUGUAUGACCCUUUUUUUUCGUUAAAAAUCCCAUCCACCACUGCAACUAUCAAACUUUUCCAUUUAGUAAUCUAGUCCAUCUCCUGACUUAUCCGAAGUCUUCAAUUGUCGACUUUAAAGAAUGUUUUUUCAUAAAGUUUAGUUUCUCACGUUAGAUUUCUGUUUUAAGUCUUCGAUCUUGGUCUAGAGUAGCUGACUGAUUGUGUUCAUUCGUUUUACUCUAUUUCUGUUGUUCCUUUCCUCUCCGAAGAACUGAUUGCCACUGACAGGUGCACAGGGAAAAGUGUGAAUGUUAUGUUGUUCUCUUGUAUUUUUACGACUCUCCUUCAUUUUCUAUCCUCACCGAAACAUGGCUUGUCCAUGUUUUUGUUCUCAGUUCAACAGUUUUUACCUCCAGUUAUCAUUGUAUCUUGUUAUUCCUGUCUAUUUCAGUUGCUUAUAUACUGUGUAUAUAGAAUUUACCUCAGACAUUGUUUAUCCUGUUUUGACAAUAAACCAUAAACGAAA